CCCCGACUACAGGCGGAGGAGCCAGGAACAUGGCUGGUGUUUGUGUCCGUGUGUGAGAGUGUUUCUCUGGGUGUAAUGCAGCUGAACAGACCCGACACAGACUGCGGUAAGUUCGUCGGUACAUCGGGGGUCCGUCCAUCGGUGUGACCGCCUGUGAACUCGGAGCAGAGGCGGGGAUGGAGCGGAGCGAGGAGGACGAGAAUGAGAGCAGCUCGUCCCAACAACACAACACGAUGUGGAAACAGUUUCAAGCCAAAGCCAAGCCGCUGCUCAGCCCCAAGCUGGGCUCCAGAGAGCCGGAGGAGAAGAAGGAGAGAGGCAUGUGGAUGUUCAAGAAGAUGAAGCGGAAGGAACACGUCGUCCUGGACCGGGUGAUCUCCUCCUCUCAGCCCGACCUGCUCUUCUCCUCUCAGGUGGAUGGAGACGCCAAGGAGGCUCAGCUCUGCGGCAAAGCGCCCGGAGGCGGCUCCGGGCUCGGCCGGGAGAAGCUGCCGUCCUCCUCCAAGAAGCCCACGGUGGCUUACCUGGUGCAGUCCCACCACAAGAGCUCCUCGCUCGGGUCAGCGGGGUUGGAGAGGUUGGAGAGGCUGGCCGAGCCACCGGGCGGCAGCAGCGGCUGCAGCGGAGGAGGAGAGGCGGCAACAGCUGCAGCAGCGGCGGAGACACAGCUGGAGGAACAGCCGGGUAUGGCUGCUCCGUGCUCCUCUGGGGUCACAUCUGAGCGAGCCAUCCCCAGCCCAGGCAUGUACAAGCUGGAGAUUGAGCUGAAGAGAGGACACAAUCUGGCCGUCAGGGACAGAGGAGGCAGCAGUGAUCCUUAUGUGAAGUUCAAGCUCGCAGGUAAAGAGGUGUUCAGAAGCAAAACCAUCCACAAAAACCUCAACCCAGUGUGGGAUGAGAAAACCACUUUGAUAAUGGAUUGUCUGAGCGACCCUUUGUAUAUAAAGGUGUUUGACUACGACUUCGGCCUUCAGGAUGACUUCAUGGGCUCUGCUUACCUCUACCUGGAGUCUCUAGAGCAGCAGAGGACGAUACCUGUGACUCUGGUGCUGAAGGACCCUCAGCACCCUGACCAGGACCUGGGCUCUCUGGAGCUGGCCGUCACCCUGACACCUAAAGAAAGUCCCAUAGAGGAGCGACGAGGCUCAACGACUAUGCUGCUCAGGAGGUCCUGGAAACGAUCCACUAAGCAGCAGCAGUCAAUGCGUCUCUCAGAGCUUCACCGGAAAUCGCAGCUGUGGCGAGGGAUCGUCAGCAUCGCGCUGAUCGAAGGCCGGGACCUGAUCCCCAUGGACCCCAACGGUCUGAGCGACCCGUACGUCAAGUUCAGACUGGGACCCCAGAAGUACAAGAGCAAGACGGUGCCAAAGACUCUGAGUCCACAGUGGAGGGAGCAGUUUGACCUUCACCUGUAUGAAGAGACCGGAGGAGUGUUGGAGAUCACAGUGUGGGACAGAGACACCGGGAGGAGAGACGACUUCAUUGGACGCUGCCAGUUGGACCUCUCCAAUCUGUCCAAGGAACAAACUCAUCGCUUGGAGCUGCAGCUGGAAGAGUCCAGGGGUAGCUUGGUGCUGCUGGUCACGCUGACUGCCUCUGCUCACGUCUCCAUUGCCGAUUUGUCCGUCACACCGCUGGAUGACCCACAGGAGCGAAGGGAGAUACUCAAGCGAUACGGUGUUUUAAAGUCAUUCUCUAAUUUGAAAGACGUGGGCAUCGUGCAGGUGAAGGUGAUGAGGGCGGAAGGACUCAUGGCUGCAGACGUAACCGGUAAGAGUGACCCAUUCUGUGUGUUGGAGCUGAAUAAUGACCGACUACAGACUCAUACUGUUUACAAGAACCUGAAUCCAGAGUGGAACAAAGCCUUCACCUUUAACGUCAAAGACAUUCACUCGGUGUUGGAGGUGACGGUGUUUGACGAGGACAGAGACAGGAGUGCUGACUUCCUGGGAAAAGUGGCCAUCCCCUUAUUACAUAUCCGCAAUGGUGAGCAGAAGAGCUACGUGCUGAAAAAUAAGGAGCUGACAGGACCAACUAAAGGAGUCAUUUACCUGGAGAUUGAUGUCAUCUUCAACACUGUUAAAGCUGCUUUGAGAACGGUCGUCCCCGCAGAGCAGAAAUACAUCGAGGAAGAACCUAAAGUCUCCAAGCAUUUGCUGCAGCAGAACUUUAACCGUGUGAAGAGGUGCAUCAUGGUCCUGAUCAGCUACGGGACGUACAUCAACAGCUGCUUUGAGUGGGAGUCUGCACAGAGGAGCAUCAUCUCCUUUGUGCUGUUUGUGGUGGUGGUGUGGAACUUUGAGCUCUACAUGUUGCCGCUGGCUCUGCUGCUGCUGCUCGUCUGGAACUACUUCUUCUCCUCGAGCAGAGACACAACCGACAUGUCCAUGGAGGCCAUGUUUGAAUGGGAAGAUGACGAAGAAGAUAAGGAGGACAAGGAGUCAGAGCACAGGGGCUUCAUAGAUAAACUGUACGCCAUCCAGGACGUGUUCAUCAGUGUUCAGAGCGCUCUGGAUGAGGUGGCGUCGUAUGGAGAGAGGAUAAAGAACACCGUUAACUGGACAGUGCCUUUUCUGAGCUGGUUGGCGAUCGCUGCCUUAUGUUCGGCCACAGUUCUUCUCUACCUCAUUCCUCUUCGAUACCUUGUGUUGGCAUGGGGUGUGAAUAAGUUCACCAAGAAGCUGCGUGAUCCGUACAUGAUUGACAACAACGAGCUUCUGGACUUCCUGUCCAGAGUUCCAUCUGAUGUUCAAGUGAUGCAUUACCGUGAGCUGAAGGUGGACCCUGGACAAAGUCCCAGCAAACGCCGGAGGACAAACCUGAGCUAGCCGCCGCUCAUCAUCGGCCCUCUCUCCUGUAAACACUGUAAACUACGUUAUUUAUAUAUUUUCUGUAUAUUUGGAUUAUUAUGAAAAAUUGUAACAGUUGAGUUGUUUCUGUUUUGUUACUGUGGAAAAGUUUAUUUUCUAAAUCUUGUAAAGAAAAGCUGGUAAUGUUUUUUAAUCUGUUUUAAAACACUCCACACACACACACACAGAGUGUGUGUACGUGGUGAUACUGUAUGUUAUGAAUGUGUAUAUCACACUCAGUAUGCAUGUAUGAAGGUGUGCUGAUGUUGCAUGGAAUCCUUUUUUUAUUUCUUUGAACAUUUUUGUGCUGUUUUGAGCUCGAUGUGUUUGUCAGUGUCUGAUGUUACUUUACAGAUAAAGUUGCAUGUUUCCACUGUUACUCCAUGUACGACAGUAUUUAGACACACUCAGUAAAUUAUACCUCGUAUGAAACAUGUCAGAUCCACGCUGCAGUUAGCAUGUCGAAUUUACGAACUGUUCCUUUAUGUGCUCAGUUAAAAAAAUAACAUCAACUGGACUUCAGUCUGUAGGAAGCAGAUGCUGCCACGGCAACUCAAAGUGUUUACUCUUUAACAUAGUUUACUUUAAUAUUAUUUUGCAAUUAAAGGGAUAUUCCACCUUUUUUUUCAGUUCAGUUUAGGAGUGUCAGUCUAUCCCAUUCUCAUAAACAUGAGAACGUUCGGCACAAACUUCCAUUUGAACUCAGCGAUAAACUAAUUAGAAUUUAGUGGUCAAAGGUCAAGGUCACUAUGACCUUGAAUGUGUCUCAUUUUUGUGAAUGGGAUAUCUCAAGAACACCUUGAAUUAAUUUCUUGAAAUUCGGCACAAACUACCACUUGAACUCAGCGAUAAACUGAUUAGAAUUAGGUGAUCAAAGGUCAUUAAGACCUAGCAUCCGUCUAAUAUUUGUUAACUGGAUAUCUCAAGAACACCUUGAAGGAAUUUCUUCAAAUCUGGCACAAACAUCCACUUAAACUCAACGAUGAACUGAUCAGAAUUCAGUGGUCAAGGGUCAAAGUUACUUUGACUUUGUGUCUGUCUUACUCUCGUGAAUGCGAUAUCUCAAGAGGGUCUCUGGGGAAUUCCUCAAAUUUGGCACAAACAUCCACUUGUACUCAAUGAUGAACUGAUCAGAAUUUGGUGGUCAAAGGUCGUCUAUGACCUUGCAUCCGUCUAAUUUUUGUGAACAGGAUAUCUAAAGAACACCUUGAGGGAAUUUCUUCUAUUUUGGCACAAAUGUUCACUUGAACUUAACAAUGAACUGAUCAGAAUUUGGUGGUCAAAGGUCAAGGUCACCAUUGCCUUGCAUCUGCAUAAUUCCUGUGAACGUGAUAUCUAACACCUCAAGGGAAUUUCUUCAAAUUUGGCACAGACAUCCACUUGAACUUAACAAUGAACUGAUCACAAUUUGGUGGUCAAUGGUCAAGGUCACUAUGACCUUGCAUCCAUCUCAUUUUCAAGAUAUCUCAAGAACACCUUGAGGGAAUUUCCUUAAAUUUGGCACAAACAUGCAUUUUAACUCAACGACAAACUGAUCAGAAUUUAGUGGUCAAGGGGUCAAGGUGAUACCUCAAGAAGGCCUGUGGGAAAUAUCCUCAAAUUUACCAAAAAAAAAAAUGUUGGAACAUGUGAGACAUGUUGCACACGUCUGCAUCUUCACAACCAGACACAGGGAAGUAAGUUUAGUGACGUUAUGCAGAGAAUUGCUAUGAUUUGAUGAAACUCAAGGAAAACUACCAUGACUGGUCAAAUAUGCUGGAAAUUUGCCGUGAUUGGACAAAAUCGCAGUCAUGCACAAUUCAUGGGGGAUUGGCUGAAACAUCCUAGAGGGGCUGAAUAGUAAAGCAAUCAGAAGAGACAUUUCUCUGCACUGAGUACUUUUACUUUUGAUAUUUUAAGUAUAUUUUUGUAAUAAUACUUACAUACGUUUACAUAUUUUCAUAUGGAAUGUACCUGUAAUCGUAUACAGUGUGGUAUCAUAAAAAAUCUGAAUACUUCCUUCACCUUGGUCUUUAAAGUUGACGUGGUUUGCACAUUUACUCAAAAUCACUUUGCUGGUUUACAUAUUGUCCCAAUAAAUAAUCAUAUUUUUAAAACUCAUUAAUGCAAAUAUAAAGAGUAUGUAAUAUUAUGUUGGCAGAUCUAUGUUGGAGUUCAUUACGUUUAUGAAGACAAAUGAAUAUUAUAAUGUUUUUCAUUCUGAUACAGUUAAUGCAAACAGAAAAAGGAAAAACAUAAUAAUGUGUGUUGUUUUUAUCUUUAUUUCUUUAAUUUGUUUUCAUGUUGGUAUUUUAAAUCUCCAUAUCCUGUAUUUUUUUAAAGAAAUAUCUACUUUUUGUCCUGCAGCAGUUUUUUUUAAACCUUGAAUUUAAUUUUUUGCCUCAAUCUCAUCACUUCAAUUUUUCUUUUUUCUUUUUUUUUUUUUUCGCUGCUGUUUUCUAUCCAAACGUUAGAGUGUACAGUCAGUGUUGAUUAAUGUCACUGUUCUGCCGUUUAUAAUCUGGAAUAUUUCCUGUUUUGGGAUGUGAGUUCCUGCAUGUCUGUGUAAACUGUCAUUUCGUAUGUGUCAAAGUGUUUUUGCAUGACUGAACAUGAACUAUAUGCAAAGUGCAUUUAUGGACACUGAAUGUGAAGUUCAUCUUAUGCUGUAUGUGACGUCCAGAUUCACCUGAGCUCCAGGUAAAAGGACUUUUUCUCUCCACCACCGAAUCAUCUCUUCUGUCAUUUUGCACAUGAACUUGUUUUCGUUUUCCUGUUGCAUCAUGGGUAUUUGCUGCUGUCUGAGUAUUUACUGAGACUGUAAUGAAGUCAGCACCGACUGUAACGACUGUGUAGUGUUUGUCUGA